ACAACGGUUGAGGAUGAUGGCACGCAAGUCGAAAGAAGACCAAGACGUAAGUCCCGGAGGCCUACAGCUCGUACGCAUGCAGCAGAUCAAGCUGUGUUCAAAGAGGCAUUUAAAAUGUUCUGUGAUCGUACACUGAAAAUGGGAGUCACUGCAUUGUCUGAUGAAUUUAUGAAACUAAAAAUGGCCACACAAUCGAUCGGUAACCGACCCAAAACAGCAUGGGAUGCGAAUCCAGACAAGAAUCGAUACCGAGAGGUCUUUUGUAUCGACACGACCAGAGUGGUACUGACAUGGCCUUCUGGGAUGAACGACUACAUCAACGCAAAUUGGGUAUCCAGUGUUGAGAAGCAAAAGAAAUUCAUAUGUACACAGGGUCCAAUGGAUAAAACCGUUGACGACUUUUGGCGAAUGGUAUGGCAGGAAAAGUGUCGGAGUAUUGUGAUGCUGUGCAAUAUCAUGGAAUGUGGCAAACAGAAGUGUGAACAGUACUGGCCCCUCAACGCGGAAUCGCCAGUUAAUCGCCUCACGCCUUGCGUUGUACACUGUUCUGCAGGCAUCGGACGAACUGGCACAGUUGUUGGAAUCGACUUACUUUAUCGACGACUGGAGAAGGGCGAAAAAGACGCAACUCUCUUAAAUGUAGUUAGUGAACUGCGAGAAAUGCGACAUGGAGCUGUUCAAAUGGAUGUGCAAUACCUUUACAUGCAUCGCAUUUUACUAGUGGUGGCAGAAAACUUAAAGAUAAUAACUCCGGAAGAAACGCAGAAAUUCACUAGUGAUUAUGAUCAAAUGCUUAAGACUCGCGGUUUUGUGUGA